CCCACUUCCGGCGCGCGGCUCUUCCGGGCAGAGGCGCCUGGCCGGGGUCCCAGUGGGGUGGGUCCGGCCGCAGACGACGACUGACCAGCGGCACCAAAGCCACCAUGGCGUCCAGUGGGGCCCGCGGGCCGACGCUGCACUGGGCACUGGCCCUCGGCGGCGCCGCGCUGCUCCUACUGCUCCUGCCGACGGCCUCGGCACAGGCUUGCUCUCAGAACACAAACAGGACGUGCGAAGAGUGCCUGAGGAACGUCUCUUGUCUCUGGUGCAACACCAACCAGGCGUGCCUGGACUACCCGGUGACCAGGGUCCUGCCGCCCAGCUCCCUCUGUCAGCUGAGCUCUGCACGCUGGGGCGUGUGCUGGGUGAACUUCGAGGCCUUGAUCAUCACCCUGUCGGUGCUCGGGGGCUCCGUGCUCCUGGGCGUCGCCGUCUGCUGCUGCUGCUGCUGCUGCCCGAGGAAGCGGAGCCGGAGGCCCGACCGGAGCGAGGAGAAGGCGGAGCGGGAGCGCGAGGAGCGGCGGGUCCGGCAGGAGGAGCGGAGAGCAGAGAUGAAGUCAAGACAUGAUGAGAUCAGAAGAAAAUACGGUUUGUUUAAAGAAGACAAUCCGUACGCCAGGUUCGAAAACAACUAGAGGCGCGUCGUGCGAGGCAGCGUCUCCUCGCCUGGCCCGGGGCUGCGGGUCAGCAGCGGCUGCGGCCUCGUCCGCCUUGGCCCUGGGGCGGCCCGUGGGAAGCUGCCCCCCCAGGUGCAGGCCUGUGAGCUUCUGUCCUCUUUUCUCCUGUUUCUGUCUUUGUCCCUCGAGACAUUAAGCCUGUCAAGGCCUUUGGUUGUGUUGUCGUUAAUCUGAGGAAACCGCACGUUCCUGCCCCCCCCCCCCACCUGGGAGCCGGUGCCGACCCGCGCCCUGUGUCCCGGGCCUGGUGCGCGCAGCUCCACAUGCAGGAAGGCAGUGCGUUUUCAGUCUGUUGUGGGACCCGCGACCAGCCAGCCCUUAUCAUUUCCCCGACGAGCAGAGCCGGCUCUCCAUUGCCCCCCGUGUCCCGGGCGCCGUCUGCUGAGAGUUCCCGUCCAUCUGCACCCAGCUGGUACCAGGCAGUCGCUAAAACUCCCCUUUUUAGGUGCGGCCCUAGAAAGACAAAAAAGAGGUUCCACCCGAGGCCUUCCUUUGGAAGCGUAGGCCACUUGGGGGCUGGCUUUUUAAUUAGCAUCUGGACUGGCACACGAGGAGUUUUUUCCUGGGAAAAUCUGAACGUGGACCCUCUGGCUGGCAGUCACCCUGUGCGGGGGCAGGGACACUUGAGAAGCUUUACCUGCCCCCUUCUCUGCCCCACUGACCGCAGGCCUGGGGCCUGGGCACAGUCUCUCCCGAGUCCCAGACCCUCCCUGCCUGUCCUCAAUGCUCACCUGGGCACCGCGUGCGACGGCAGGUCCUCCGGGAAGGGACUGUGUCCUGGGCUCUCCCGGGGGGACCCUGUGAGCCAGGGUGCUGAGGGCUGGGCGGCGGUGCAGAGGUGUUGCUGGUUGUCCUGCUGGCCAGACCACCCGGCCCCCGGCCAGCUCCGUGCAUCUCCUUCGGGCGGCCUCAUCUCCGAGGUGCCGGACACGGCGGUCGUCCCUCCAGUGAAGACACGUGACUGCCGUCCGUGGUCUGCGCGCUUCCGGGCAGGUUCGCAGACAAUGAAGUGACUGGUUUCUCCUCGAAAUCUGAACACAGUUCUAGUUGCCACAUUGCUUUGACUUAGAGAAAACCGAGCUUUGGGACGGCAGGUGAGCGGCUGCAUGAAAGGACUCAGGCAGAGCCGGCGACCAAACACACCGGCGCGCGGCCCGCCAGGCCUUGUCCACACGGACCCAGCGACCAAACACGCCUGCGCGCGGCCCGCCAGGCCUUGUCCACACCCCCUGUGUCGAUCUAACCGGUUGACCCUGGCUUCUCACAGACUAAGAAACAGCCUUUAACAGACUCUUGAGUCUUAUUCUUUGAUUUCUUCGGCAUUUGAUUGCAGCAAAGUGUUAUGAGACAUUCCCGCGUCCUUCGUGACAGCCUGCAGAGUUUUCCUUUCUACUCUUUGUUCAUAAAAAUCUUUGUAAGAGACUCGAGUCAACCCCGAGUCUGGAUGUAAAUCCCUCUUUGCUGCCUUGCGGCUGCCCAGCUGAGGCGAGCGGGUCAUCCUUCCCCGCGGCACAGAGCCGGCUGCGAGCACCGCCGCUUCCCUGUGCUCUUCUGACUUGGUGCCAAGGGCAGCCCAACCCGGAGCCUCCAGGAACCGCGUAACCUGAGUGCCUUCAUCUGUAGCCACUUUCCAGUCAGUGGCCCAAUACACGUUUUUGCUGGCUA